AUGUCAGAUAUUGAAAACGGUGAUAGGAGCCAUGCCCACCUUAAAGAAGAGAAUUCUCAAACUGUGGUAAAUGAUGCCGAUGACAGAAUUCCAAGUUCAGAAGAAGAAGGUGAAGAUGUUUUUGAUUCUUCAGAAGAAGAACAAGAUGAAGAUGAAGAAGAAGAAAGAAGAAUUAAAGAAGGCUUUAUUGUAGACGAUGAAGAUGAACAAAUUGCUUCCAGUGGGAAAAAGAAAAGAAAACAUAAAAGAAGACCAAGAUCAAGGGAGGAUGAAGAUGAUAAACUAUCGGAAGAUGACUUAGAUUUACUUAUGGAAAACGCAGGUGUAAAGCGUACAAAAGAGCCUACUCCUUCUGGUAGAUUAAAAAGAUUAAAAAGGGCAGGCAGCGAAGAUAGAUCUAUUGAUGAAAAUGAAAUAAAUCGUUCUUCACAAAGAGCUGCUGCUACAGAUGACAAGCUUGCAGAUUUCUUUUCUGAUGAAGAAGAGGAAGAAAUUGAACAUGACUCUAAUCAUGAAAGAGAAGCCAAUCGUUUUGACCAAAAUAAACCUGAAAAAUAUGAACGAUCUCAUGGUGGAAACAAAACUGGUAUUAUGGACGAAUUAGAUGAUUUCAUUGAAGAUGAUGAAUUUUCUGACGAAGAUGAUGAAACCAGACAACAAAGAUUGAAAGAAAGAAAAAUGAUGAGAGAACAACGAAUGAAGCAACCAGUUCAAGUAACAGGCCUUUCAUCUGAAAAAAUUGAUGAAAUGUACGACAUUUUUGGUGAUGGUCAUGACUAUGACUGGGCACUAGAAAUUGAAAAUGAAGAAUUGGAUGAAGAUAACUUAGAUAAUGAAAUGGAAGAAACAGAGGAUGGGAAGACAUCAAAGAAGAAAGUUACCCUACAGGAUAUUUAUGAUUUACAAGAUUUAAAGAAGAACUUGAUGACAGAGGAGGAUAUGCUUAUUAGAAAGGCCGAUGUCCCAGAAAGAUAUCAAGAAAUAAGAUCUGGUAUAAAAAACUAUGGUCAAAUGACUAUAGAAGAUCAAGAAUUAGAAAAGAAUUGGAUAAGUGAUAAAAUUGCAGUGUCUAAGAAUUUUGAGCCAACUUAUGAUUUAACUGAAUUUAAAGAAGCUAUUGGGAAUGCUGUAAAAUUUAUUUCACAAGAUAAUUUGGAAGUUCCAUUUAUAUACGCUUAUCGUCGUAAUUAUAUAUCAUCAAAAAAUAAGGAUGGGUUUGUCUUAAGUGAAGAUGAUCUAUGGGAUAUUGUUUCAUUGGAUAUUGAAUUCCACAGUAUUAUUUCUAAAAGGGAAUAUGUCCAUAAUUUCUACAAAGAAUUGAAUGUUAAUGACUUAACAAUCGAUGAAUAUUUUAGAAAUCAAAAUACUGCCACAGUGGCAGAAUUAAAUUCUCUUCAAGAUAUUUAUAAUUAUAUUGAAUUCAAAUACCCACAAGAAAUCAAUGAAUUAUUAAUGAAAGAAUCUAGCCAAGGUAAAAAACAUUUGAAGAACUCUAGCUAUGAGAAAUUUAAAUCUAGUCCAUUAUACGAGGUUAUUAAGGAAGUUGGUAUCACUGCCGAUAAAAUUGGUGAAAAUAUCAGUGCCCAACAUCAAAUUAAUAUACCAACAGAUCAUGAUAGUAAAAAGCCCCAAGAAGUGGUUGAAGAUAUAAUUAAAAAUAAUCCAUCUGAAUUACAAAUAUUUUCGAAUAAUACAAAUUUGGCAUUAGAAACUGUCCAGAAGUAUUUCUCCUUAGAAAUUUCAAAAAAUACGAAGGUAAGAGAUAAAGUGAGAUCAGAUUUUUACAAAUUUUACUUAGCUGAUGUGGUUUUAACGUCAAAAGGUAAAAGAGAAAUCCAGAGAGGCUCAUUAUACGAAGAUAUUAAAUAUGCUAUUAACAGGACACCAAUGCACUUUAGACGCGAUCCAGACAUCUUUUUGCGUAUGAUAGAAGCAGAAUCAUUGAAUUUACUAAAUGUUAAAUUACAUAUCUCAUCACAAUCACAGUACAUUGAUCAUUUAUUUCAAACAGCACUAGAAACAACAAAUACUUCUGAAUUAGCAAACGAAUGGAACAAAUUUAGGAAAACUAUUUUCAAUCAAGCAUUAGAUACUAUUUUCAAUGAUAUUUCUCGUGAGAUCAAAGAAGAUUUAGCAAAAACCUGUGAAAAACUUGUAGCAAAAUCUGUACGCCAUAAAUUCAUGACAAAAUUAGAUCAAGCACCAUUUAUUCCAAAUUUAAAGGAUCCAAAAAUUCCAAGAGUAUUAACUAUUACCUGUGGUGAAGGUAGAUUCGGCUCUGAUGCUAUUAUUGCAGUAUUUGUUAAUCGUAAAACUGAUUUUGUUAAAGACUUUAAGAUUGUAGAUAAUCCAUUUGAUAGAACACAUGCCGAAAAGUUCGAAAAUACUUUAGAUGAUAUUAUCCAAAACUGUCAACCGAAUGUAAUUGGUAUCAACGGACCAAAUCCUAAAACACAAAGAUUCUACAAAAAACUUCAAGAAGUAAUUCAUAAAAAGCAAAUUGUUGAUAGUAGGGGACAUGCUGUACCAAUUGUAUAUGUUGAUGAUGAAAUUGCUGUACGUUAUCAACAUUCAGAAAGGGGUUCUCAGGAAUUUCCAAACAAACCACCUUUGGUAAAAUACUGUAUUGCAUUAGCCCGUUAUAUGCAUUCCCCCUUAUUAGAAUAUGCAAACUUAGAUAAGGAUGGGUUACUCUCCUUAACAUUCCAUCCUCACCAAUCCUUACUUCCAAGAGAAGUUUUGAGAAAAACUUUAGAAUCUGCAUUUGUUGAUAUUGUCAAUUUAGUUGGUGUCGAAGUAAACAAGGCUACGGACAACCCUUACUAUGCCAGUACUUUGAAAUAUAUAUCAGGUUUUGGUCCUCGUAAAGCAAUUGACUUUUUAGAAUCACUUCAACGGUUAAACGAGCCACUUUUGGCACGUCAACAAUUAAUCACUCAUAAUAUUCUUCACAAGACUAUAUUUAUGAACUCUGCUGGGUUUUUGUAUAUUUCUUGGAAUGAAAAAAGACAAAAGUAUGAAGAUUUAGAGCACGAUCAACUAGAUAGUACUAGAAUCCAUCCCGAAGAUUAUCACUUAGCCACAAAGGUUGCUGCAGACGCUUUAGAAUAUGAUCCUGAUGCUAUUGCUGAGAAAGAAGAGCAAGGUGCUAUGAGUGAGUUUAUAGAAAUCUUAAGAGAUGAUCCAGAUCGCCGAACCAAAUUAGAAUCUUUGAAUUUGGAAUCAUACGCUGAGGAACUAGAGAAGAAUACAGGCCAAAGAAAGUUAAAUAAUUUGAACACAAUUGUUCUAGAAUUACUAGACGGGUUUGAAGAAUUAAGAAAUGAUUUCCAUCCGUUACACGAUGAUGAAAUUUUCCAAAGUUUGACAGGUGAAACAGACAAAACAUUUUUCAAGGGGUGUCUCGUUCCUGUUCGUGUUGAAAGAUUUAGACAUAAUGAUAUCAUUUGCAUAACAAAUUCUCAAGUUGAGUGUGUAGUGAAUUCUCAAAGACAUGCAGGCGCUCAAUAUAAACGUCCAGCUGGUGAAAUUUACGAAAUAGGAAGAACUUAUCCUGCUAAAGUUGUAUACAUAGAUUAUGAAAACAUUCUUGCAGAAGUUUCUUUACUAGAGAAUGAUAUUAAACACCAAUAUGUACCAACUAAUUAUAGUAAAGAUCCAUCAAUUUGGGACUUGAAACAAGAAUUGGAAGAUCAAGAAGAGGAGAAGAAGAUAACUAUGGUAGAAGCACGUGCCAAGAGAACACAUCGUGUCAUAAAUCAUCCAUAUUAUUUCCCUUUUAACGGUAGACAAGCUGAAGAUUAUUUGAGAAGUAAAGAACGUGGUGAUUUUGUCAUAAGGCAAUCUAGUCGUGGUGAUGAUCAUUUGGCUAUUACUUGGAAGCUUGACAAAGAUUUAUUCCAACACAUUGAUAUUAAAGAAUUGGAGAAAGAAAACCCAUUGGCUCUAGGUAGGAUUUUAAUCGUUGAAAAUCAAAAAUAUCAUGAUUUAGAUCAAAUUAUUGUGGAAUACUUACAAAAUAAAGUCAGACUACUAAACGAAAUGACUUCUAACGAGAAAUUUAAGAAUGGUAACAAGAAAGAUGUUGUUAAAUUUAUCGAAGAUUAUUCUAAGGUUAACCCAAACAGAUCCGUUUAUUACUUUAGUUUCAACUACGAAAGCCCUGGGUGGUUCUUCUUAAUGUUUAAGCUAAACGCACAAAGCAAAUUGUAUACAUGGAAUGUCAAACUAACUCACACUGGUUUCUUUUUGGUGAACUACAAUUACCCCGGCGUUAUUCAAUUAUGUAAUGGUUUCAAGACAUUACUAAAAUCUAACAGUAACAGAAAUAAAUCCUCCUACCAUUAA